AUGGUUGACCGCACUGUCUGUGCCACAGAAAUGAAAGCUUGCGCCUAUGGUGAUUGUGUAGAGUGCCGCCUCACCACUCACCCAACCCUGAAAUCAGCCACAGAGGAAAUUGUACAAGUUGUACAAUGGUCUACUGAAAGGACAGGUGAGGAAGAGAGGAAGACCAUUACGCUUAAAAACGAGGUCCAGAGCACUGAAUCAGACCUGGUCAGCAAAUUUCAAGAGAAUCUAUUCAAAUUCCGUAAGCACCUUUUUAACAUCAGGUGGCAAUACAGUGCUUACAGACAGCUACGGGAAAGCCUCCAAGCCAACGAGUGCUUAAUCCACAUCGAUUUCAGUGAAAAUUACUCUUGCAAAUAUCACAAAGAGAUCCAGUCUGUGCAUUUUGGAGGGUCCCAUCAACAGGCAACGCUGCACACUGGUGUACUGUACACCACUGAACAGACACCACUGUCAUUCUGUUCAAUCUCAUCCUCACGACGACAUGACCCACCAGCGAUCUGGGCCCACCUGGAGCCUGUCCUGGAGAUGGUGAAGACCAAGUGUCCAAAGGUGGAAAGGCUUCACUUCUACAGUGAUGGCCCGGCAACCCAGUACAAGCAAAAGGGAAACUUUUACUUUCUCUCCACUGAGCCAUUCAGGCUUGGUUUCAAAGAACUGACCUGGAAUUUCUUUGAGGCCAGCCAUGGCAAAGGAGCUCCAGAUGGCAUCGGAGGGACAUUGAAGCGGUCAGCGGACCGAAUUGUGCGCUUGGGGGAAGAUGUUCCAGAUGCCAUCACUCUUUUCAAAAAACUCAAGAGACUGGAAUCAACAGUGGAGCUCUUCUUUGUCAGUGAAGAGGAAGUUGAAGCAAAAACAGAGGUCCCUGCUCUGACACCUAUUAAGGGCACAAUGAGGAUGCACCAGGUGAUCAGCGUCUUACCUGGGCAUAUCAAGUACAGGGACAUCAGUUGUUUCUGUCAGAGGCAGGAUGGUCCACUGGAUUGUGCCUGCUUCGACCUGAAAGUAGCUACUGUGAAUGGAGUUCCUGUGACCCCCCCAAAUCAGAAUGAAGAGACCCCAUGGCGACCAGCGGCAGUUGACAGCACACACAUUGGAGGGUGCGUCAUUAAGUAUGACGAUGAUGUGUACCCUGGCAUCAUCAUGGACGUGGAGGGCGAUAGCAUUCAAGUGAAGUGCAUGCAUAGAAAUGGAGUAAACAAAUACUUCUGGCCAAGACCACGUGAAGAUGUCAGCUGGUAUGCAGAGGAACAACUUAUCUGUCUUAUACCAGAGCCAAAGGCACUCAACAAGCGCUCAGUCCAACUUGAGAAGCUUACAUGGAAGUACCUAGAAAAUAACUUUAUGUAAACUAAAAAUGUACUCGAAGUUAUGCACGAUGAUCAGAGCUCUUGGUUAAGGUGUUCAGGCUACCAAACCCAGUGGUGUUCCACAAGCCACUGGUGGUGGCAAAAAACGAGCAUGAUUAUAGUUGGCCUCAGCAA